AUGCUAUUAAGAGAAAUAGCCUCAUAAUUUUGCAGUCAAUUUGAAAAGAACAUCCAAAAGACAAGAAGGGCUCCACAAGUUGUUAAUUAGGUCAAGGCAGAAGAAACAACAGAGGAAAAAGAAUCUGAUUACUCAUUAAGAAGAAUGCCUUUUUAUAGAUUCCCUGUCGGACUCUAGAAGAAUUUGUAUUUAAUGUUACAACUAUUUGUGAAGCUAUUAUUUAACAGGUCCAUUAAUUUUUCUUGA